CGGCCCGCGGGCUGUGGCGCGAAGGGGCGUGCGCGGCCCCCGGGCGAGAGGCGAGCGGGCCGGCCGGCUCCCCGGCCCCGCCGGGCUUUCGUUCUCUGCCGUGGAAAUACGGCUCUGAAUUAUCCCGAGCGGCGGCUGUGGCUGUGCUUGUGCAACUCAGAUCAUGAUUCCCGGUAUCGGGCUCCCACCGAGAUGCCUGGAGGCCCUGAGGAUGCGGCAGCCCUGUCACAGCAGCUGCCGGGCUGCCCCGUUCUCUGUGGUGGGAAAAAUCCCCAGCUUUGGCAGUGAGUUUUGGAUUUCAGACAAUUGGCCUGGAUACAGUCUGGAUUUAUUCACUUAUCCUCAGCACUACUACGGAGAUCUGGAGUAUGUGCUCAUACCUCACGGCAUUAUCGUUGACAGGACAGAACGAUUGGCCAAAGAUAUUAUGCAAGAUAUUGGAGACAAUGAUAUUGUGGUUCUCUGUGUCCUCAAAGGUGGCUACAAGUUCUGUGCUGACCUUGUGGAGCACAUUAAAAAUCUCAGCAGAAAUUCAGAAAGGUUCAUCUCCAUGAAAGUUGAUUUUGUUAGACUGAAAAGUUACCACAAUGAUCAGUCUAUGCAAGAUAUGCAGAUAAUGGGAGCAGAUGAUCUUUCAAAGCUGACUGGAAAGAACUUCUGCGUAUUUGUCUGUGUCCACGCACAUAUGAGAGAGAAGCAAAAUUUUACCCCAAAAAUGAAGUAAAUUGUUCUUUUACACUGAAAAUCCCAGUGACCUUUUCUCAUUGGCACAACCCUCCUGUUCCCAGCUAUAGAACAGGACAUAAGAUGUGGCUGUUGGGAGAUCCGUGGGGAUCAAACUGGGCAUCAUGGUAGCUCAGGAUGGCUGGGUGAGGAGCUGGGAUGUGGGGCAGGUGUGAAGGGGCUGGUUUGGGAAGGCGGGGCCUGCUGAGCAGAGUGGAGCCCGGAACUGGAGGUUGGGUGUGGAGGACUGGGGCUGCCAGGGGAGCAGACCUGCCCAAAGGACAUGUUGGGCGGUUGUUUGUCUGUGUGGUUGUCUGUGACACAGCCGAGGUAUGAAUAAUUAAAUAGCAUUUUCACUGUAACACAUGAGAAAGGGAUUUCCUUAAGACUUAUUUUACUGAUUGAAAAGCUGGGAUGUGAACCUUCAGCUAAAAUAUUCAUACGUACAUGUCUAAAGUUGGAUAUAUGAAGGACUGGCCUUAUGUCCACGGAUGCCAACUCCUCCAUCUGUUGUUGACUUAAGCAAUUAGUGCAAGUAUUCAGCACAUUUUACUAAUCAGCCAUUUGCAGACUGAUUCAGAGCCUCCUACAGUCAAUGUAAAUCUUUCCUUGAGGUGUUUUUUGGUACCUUAGUUUAGCUGCUGGCUUUUAAAAGUGCUGGCUUUAGUAACCAUCCUAAGUCACUGAGUGAAUUAGUGGAAGACAGAAUCACAGAACCACAGAAUCACAGAAUCGACUGGGUUGGAAAAGACCUCAGAGAUCAUCGAGUCCAACCCUUGGUCCAACUCUAGUCCAUUUACUAGAUCAUGGCACUAAGUGCCAUGUCCAAUCUCAGUUUAAAAACCUCUAGGGACAGCGAGUCCACCACCUCCCUGGGCAGCCAUUCCAAUGCCUGACCACUCUCUCUGUAAAGAAUUUCUUUCUAAUACCCAGCCUAAAUUUCCCCUGGUAGAGUUUAAGCCCAUGCCCCCUUGUCCUAUUGCUAACUGCCUGGGAGAAGAGACCAAUCCCCACCUGGCUAUAACUUCCCUUCAGGUAGUUACAGAGAGUGAUGAGGUCACCUCUAAGCCUCCUCUUCUCUAGACUAAACAACCCCAGCUCCCUCAGCCUCUCCUCAUAGGUCUUAUGUUCAAGUCGUAGUGAUAGAAUUCAACUUCUCUGCUUUUAAGUGAGCUGGUGCUUCUUCUGCCUGCUCGGAGUAUUUGGUAAGAAAAGAUUGUAAUUAUAUUGAAGAAUUAAUAUGCCAGAUUAAGUCCCAUUAACUUAAUGAUCGUGGACGAUGUUUUCAAAAGUGCCAGCAUGGAUUUGGAAUGUAAGUUCCAUUAAGUUUCUGCAAAGUUCAAAAACAUCAAUAAUGUAAACAGUUUUGAAACCUGCAGACGAAAGAUUCCAAUAUUUUGAUCAUAAAGUGCUCUUCAUUAAGUAACAAUACCUGGAACCAGGGCUAGCCCUAGUGAACAGCUAAAUCAUUUCCAUUAAUCACUUAUUAUUGGAAAAAAAGAUUACUGAGUAUACUCAUGAACAUGCUGUUCUGUAACAAUGUGUUUUUUUUUUCCCUGAGGAAGCUUAAAAAAGAAAAAAAGAAGCUAAUUAAAAAGAAGCUGUUAAGGAUAAUAGUUUUUCAGAAGGAAGAAUAUCUCCUCUGUACAUCUCUACAAUAUGCUUUUGUUUAUAAAAAUAUUAUAAGCCCGGGAAAAAUGUGUAAUGACCCAAACCACAAAAAAGGAGGAAUAUUCUGAGAGAGGAGAGUUAGCAUACAGACCCAAACUGUAACCUGAAGAAAGUCAUCCACAAUUUGAAAUUCUUCUUCUGUGAAGAAGGUCACAGAGGCAAGAAUGAGUAUUACCGUGGCAUGAAUCAUUAAUAAAGGUACUUGAAGAAUGAGUCCUGAUACAGCUUCAGACCCUAAUGCUUUGUAACUAUUCAUUUCAGUGCAGAAAAAAAUAUAAUUUCAAAAUCUCUUUCAAUGAUGUAAGUGGUGAACAUAAAAUUUCUCAGUAGCUGAUUUCAUAGUUAAGUAGCUGCUUAGUUUUCAAUUACUUUAAAGCUAAAAUGCGCAUUUGGGUAAAAAUUAUCAUUAAUGUUUGUAAAGAGGUUUUGAG